UUCAGUCGAAAGUUGUUAGCUGACCAAGUCUCCAGCAUGCCAGGAAACUCCUAAAGUUCCUGUGGGAUCAAGUAGAAUUUUAUAAGAAAAUAAUGGAUGGAGAGGAGAAAACCUAUGGUGGCUGUGAAGGCCCUGAUGCCAUGUAUGCCAAACUAAUAUCUUCUGAUGGUCAUGAAUUUAUUGUAAAAAGGGAACUUGUGUUAACAUCAGGAACAAUAAAGGCCAUGUUGAGUGGGCCAGGGCAGUUUGCUGAGAAUGAAACCAACGAGGUCAAUUUCAGAGAGAUCCCUUCGCACGUGCUAUCAAAAGUGUGCAUGUACUUCACCAACAAGGUCCGUUACACUAACAGCUCCACUGAGAUCCCUGAAUUCCCGUCUGCACCUGAAAUUGCACUGGAACUGCUGAUGGCUGCAAACUCCCUAGAUUAUUAAAUAAAAUAAAUUAUAAUAAACUGUUAAUUUUUUCAGU